AGUGACAACCGUAUCAACAGUCCGUCUCACCAGGAAGCUGAACUUUGCUCCCAGUGAGGAGGAGGAGCGGGGCUUUUCAUGUUUCCUCUUAAGUUGGGAGCUACUUGUAACUUGUUGCAGAUGGGAGGUGGACUGGGAGCACUCUGCCGCUUGGAAUAAACCACUAAAGAGCACACAUGGAGAGUCUGGAUUGUGACAGGUGACUGCAGCAGCUCGGCCUGACUGGGAUUAUGAUCUGGACCAGGAGGACCAGAAGCCUUUUUUUGAGUGAUUCCAUUCAUCAUAUUCAACUAAUAAAACUCAUGUGAGGAAUUCUCAUCAAAGACGUCCUUCUGUGACUGCCAUCACUUUGGAAUAUUGGAUUGCAUUGCAGUUGUUGUUUUGGGAAUAUUUCACUGAGGGUUGUUCUGACAGCUUGACAGCUCUAGAUAGCAGGCAGUCAGUCCCCAGUCCACUUCCUUUUCAGCUUUCUACUGCAACUCAACUUCAAUUUGAGGAACCUCUCAAGCUAAAUUUGCUCCUUCUUCCAGUGAUUUUAUCCGAUAUUUUUUACCAAUGAGAUACAGUAUUUCUUGAACUCCAUUUGCCUGCAUCCCAGUUUCUAAAGACUCUACAGACUCUUUGGGGAGCGAGGUCAGCAGCUACACCUUGAACAUUGUCAUCCGUCAGCGGUCAUGGCGGCUGUGGCAGCUAGAAUGGCCAUGGUGACCGACUCCCCCAACCUGUCGCUGAGGUCGAGGACCACCGUGACGACGGACGGCGACUCUUUCGUGAGCACCACCAGCCUUCCCUGCAGCCACUUCCUGUCCGCCAACGUCAUCAACGUCGUGGAGAAAUGUAUGAGCUCCAUGCAGAUGGGGACCCAGAUGGUGAAGCUCCGCGGUGGCUCCAAGGGACUGGUGCGGUUCUUCUUCCUGGACGAACACAAGUCGUGCAUCCGCUGGAGGCCCUCGCGCAAGAACGAAAAGGCCAAGAUCUCCGUGGACUCCGUCCGGGAGGUGCGUGAGGGGAAGCAGUCUGAGAUCUUCCAGCGCUACUCAGAGGGCUGCUUCGACCCCAACUGCUGCUUCAGCCUGUACUAUGGAGAGCACAUGGAGUCCCUAGACCUGGUGUCCAGAACCGGAGAGGAGGCGCGGACUUGGAUCACGGGCCUCAAGUAUCUGAUGGCGGGCAUCAGCGACGAGGACAGCCUGGACAAGAGGCAGCGCACCAGAGACCAAUGGCUGAAGCAGACCUUCACCGAGGCUGAUAAGAACGGCGACGGCAGCUUGAGCAUCGGCGAGGUGAUGCAGCUCCUGCACAAGCUCAACGUCAACCUGCCCCGACAGAAGGUCAAACAGAUGUUCAAGGAGGCAGACACAGAUGACAACCAGGGGGCGUUGGGCUUUGAGGAGUUCUGCUCCUUCUACAAGAUGAUGUCGACCCGCAGGGAUCUGUACCUUCUCAUGCUCGCCUACAGCAACCACAAAGACCACCUUGACACGGAUGACCUGGCCCGCUUCCUGGAGGCUGAGCAAAAGAUGACCAAAGUGACCAAGGAGCAUUGCCUGGAGAUUAUCAACAAGUUUGAGCCGUGCUCUGAGAACCAGAAGGAAGGAGUUCUGGGAAUUGAUGGUAUUACGAAUUACAUGCGCAGCCCGGCAGGGGACAUCUUCAACCCAGAACACUACAACGUGAGCCAGGACAUGAACCAGCCGCUGUGCAACUACUUCAUCGCCUCCUCACACAACACCUACCUGAUGGGUGACCAGCUGAUGUCACAAUCCAGGGUGGACAUGUACGCCUGGGUGCUGCAGGCCGGCUGUCGUUGUGUAGAAGUAUCUCUCAGCUACCCAGUCAUCCUCUCCAUCGAGAACCACUGCAGUGUCCCCCAGCAAAAGAAGAUGGCCCAGUACCUGACAGAGAUCCUGGGGGACAAACUGGAACUAUCCAACAUCAAAGCCGACGAGUCCGGACGGCUGCCGUCGCCGGCGAUUCUCAAGGGCAAGAUCCUCGUCAAGGGGAAGAAACUACCUUCCAACAUUGAUGAGAAUGCAGAGGAGGGAGACGUUUCGGACGAGGACAGUGCUGAUGAGAUGGAGGAUGACUGCAGGCUGAUGAACGGAGAUACGUCAGCCAACAGGAAGCAGGUGGAGAACAUGGCCAAGAAAAAGCUGGACAACCUGAUGAAGGAGUCCAAGAUCCGAGACCGAGAGGACCCGGACAGCUUCACCAUCGCGGCCCUCCCUCCUGCUGGGAAGCCCGCGGACAAAAGCGGCUCUAAGGGUCAAAGUGAGGACGGGACGGACACAGCGGACGAGGCCAAUCCCAGCAGCAACAAGCGUACAGGACGCUCCUUCAUGGGGAGCUUCUCUAAACGCAAGAAAAAGACAACCAAGCUGAAGAAGACGUUGAGCUUUGAAGAUACAGACACAGACCAAGAGAGUACAAGUAGCACCUCCCGUGCCCCAUUGCACCACAGCAAAAAGAAGAAGACCAUGAAGUUAUCCAGAGCUCUGUCUGACCUGGUCAAAUACACGUGCUCUGUGGGUCUGUAUGACGUUGAGGCACAAGCCAGCUGCAGCUGGCAGGUGUCGUCGCUCAGCGAGACCAAAGCCCACCAGGUGAUGCAGCAGAAAACAGCGUCCUUCAUCCACUUCAACCAGCGGCAGCUCUCCCGCAUCUACCCGUCCUCCUACCGUGUGGACUCCUCCAACUUCAACCCCCAGCCCUUCUGGAGCGCCGGCUGCCAGCUUGUCGCACUCAACUACCAGUCAGAGGGCCGGGUCCUGCAGCUCAACAGAGCCAAAUUCUACAGCAAUGGCAACUGUGGCUACAUCCUCAAGCCUGCGUGCAUGUGUGAAGGUGCCUUCAACCCCAGCCUGGAGGACCCUCUGCCGGGUCAGAUGAAGAAGCAGCUGGUGCUGAAGAUCAUCAGUGGACAGCAGCUGCCCAAACCUAAAGACUCUAUGCUAGGAGACAGAGGAGAGAUCAUUGAUCCCUUUGUGGAGGUGGAGGUCAUCGGCCUCCCAGUCGACUGCUGCAAGGAGCAGACCAGAGUGGUGGAUGACAAUGGGUUCAACCCGAUGUGGGAGGAGACUCUGGUGUUCACGGUCCACAUGCCGGAGCUCGCCCUGGUGCGCUUCCUCGUGUGGGAUCAUGACCCCAUCGGCCAAGACUUCAUUGGCCAACGCACCAUCGCCUUCAACAGCAUGAUUCCAGGUUAUCGCCACGUGUACUUGGAAGGUAUGGUCGAGGCUUCCAUCUUUGUUCACGUAGCUGUGAAUGACAUCACUGGUAAGGCCAGAGCAGCCACCGGCAUAAAAGGGCUGUUUCACAGAAACCCAAAGCAGGCUUCCCUGGACAGCCAUGCUGCUGUGCAUCACAGCCGUAAGCACCCAUUCGGUGCCCACCUUCUGCGACGCACAGCCAGCGCACCCACCAAAGGCCAGCCCAAAAUCAAUAAGGGCUUCCCAGAGAUCGCCAUCGACACCAAAGACUACAGCUCAGAGGGCACCAGUGAAGAUCGAGAGUCGGAGGACAGGGACAAGGCCUCUGCUGCCGCCUCUCACCAGCCCACACCACCACAAAACCGCAACAGGGAAUCGCUGGCAUCCCACCAAGCCAAGGGCCCCUGGGACCGUCCUGACACCAAUGGGGCUGUGCACCCUGAGGAGGGUAAAGAUUGUUCCACAGUGCAGAGGCCAGCUCCUCUUCCACUGAACUCUGACGCCGCCAGAAACCCUUGUGUCAUCCGUUCUGUCUCCACUCCAGAAGGCAGCCUGUCUUCACAUCACUCCUCAUCAUCACCACUGCACUCUCCAUGCACAGCAAUAACUGCAGAGUGCCCAUUGGCCAUUCCUUCAAAUGGGGCUGUGCACAGUCCAAUCAAGGUGAGCGGAGGCCCUAAGAAACCUCCUGCCCUUUCCAGAACCGCGUCUCCCCAUCCGACGAACCCAGCUGACAAAACUGCACCAGCACAGUGCGGUCAAGACCUCCAGGCCAACCGAGGCAUUGAGUCAUUCAUGGAGCACACGCCAAACCAGAGGGGAAACCAAGAAACUCUGACAGAAAAGAAAACUGAUACAGCAGAGGUAAGGUCUGACCACAGACUGGAGACUCCUUCUGCAGCCCCUGGUGCUCCGACAGCCCAGGGCAGGAGAGCCCUGUUUAACGAUCAACCAUCACACGUACCAGUAAGGAGAACAAAAAGCAAGGGCCAUGUUCUGUUGGCUGUAGCCUCAGCUGGGCAUGACCAGUCAGCCGUGCCAGAGGUCUGCACGGACGCUACUAUGAACGACCGUCUGUGGAGCAAGCUGGAGCCAGGCAACCACAGAGAUAGCAUGUCAUCCUCCUCCAGCAUCUCUUCCAGCGACACCGUCAUUGACCUUUCCCUGCCAAACCUGGCCAGGAAGAGCCUCACCACCCUGCCCACAUCCAGCAGCACCUGCGAUCCUCACUGGGUCACGUGCCGUCGCUCAGCCCUGGUCUCCUACGAUGCCAUCCAGGUCAGCAAGAGCAAGUCAAACCCCAAUCUUCAGCAAGGCGACUGCCCCAAGGAUGAGCUUAAGCCCCGCCCCCUGCAGCCUCCCCAGGAAGCUUCCGUGGACUCACCCGGCAGACUGACUCAAAGGAGGCACACCUGGAGUCGGCUCUACAUGGAGGGGCUCAAGCAAUCGUCAGCCAGCAGGCCGUCCUCCGCGCCCACAUCCUCGACAGCUACUGCCUCCAUGUCCAAAAGCCUCGGGGACCUGACCUCCGAUGACAUUUCCUGUAACUUUGACAGUAAGUACCACAGCAUCAGCCGCAGCUUCAUUGUUAGGCCAGCCAGGGACCAGCUCCGCAAGGGCGGCUUCCAGAAGUCUCGGCCGCCCAGCGACCUCACAGAGCAGCUACGGAAGCUGACUGAUGUGGAGCCGCUGACCGCCAGCGACUUCGCCCCGGAAAACAGGCCUGGAGAGUCUCAGGAGGAGUUUGUGGAUGAGAACCUGGUACGAAAGACCUCCUCGAGGAGCCAAAGCAGGGUGCGCUACAUUGCAAACAGGGCCAAGAAGGCCCAGGAGAGGCAGAGGCUCCAGGGCCUGGUCCAGGGCAGAAGUGCAAGCUUCAGCCUCACUGGUAGCAUUGGCAGUGGAAGUGGUGCUAGCCCCAUUGAGGAGCGGGGGAACCCCGAAGGCGCGUGUUGCGUGGCCCAGAGUCCCUGCUCCGGCCUGGACCUGCUGAGUCAGCUCACCCCCCUUGGAACCCCCUCCCUUAGACAGUCUCAGUCCCCCCCAGACCCAGAAAACAGUGACGUCUUUUUCAUGCUCAAACUCUAAAGAACUGGCUGACUUGGAACUGAGUGUGAGAGACACAGCUAGAAACUUGUUUGGAAUACGCUCCAGUUUUUUCUCAACUACAAAUCUUUUUUCUUUUUUUUUUCAAAAAAGUUGCAUAUCUUGCAGAAUUUCUCACAGAUUAUUUCCACAUCUCACAAAAAAACUGAGCUCCACUGAAUUAAUGAUCCAUGAACAUUCACUUCUACUGCUUGAGGUUGUGCAAGAAUCCAUUUUUGAACCAGCAGAAAACAUUGUCCACUGAAAGCAACUACUGCAGCUCUGCAGCUUUUGCACCAAAUGUUAGAGAAUUGACAAUGUAUUUAGUGAAAGAUAACAGUUUUUUAUAUAGCUGUGUAUGUUGACUGCAGACAACUCAUCUUUUUUUUUUUUUUUUUUUUACAUGAGCAUACAGUAGCAAGGGGUCUACUUGAACUGUAAUGGUUUUAACUGAGCUGAAAAUGAGAUGCUUCAUGUGAAGGCGUUAUUGUCAGCCCAUCUAUCCACGAGCAAUGUUUAGAAAAUACUGGCAUGGUAUCAUAUUGACGUUUGUUUGACAGUUUGAUGCUAGAAGCUGAGGCUUGUCUCAUGUCUUUGUUGAAAAAAAAGGAAUUAUUAUCUCAAUGCAGGAUAAAAUUUCUUAAUUUUUAGUAUUCUUUGUAUAGUGGUUACAUAGUCAUUUGACCAAACUGCCAAUAUUUUGCUAACCUAUCCAGUUUAUGGCAUGUCACAGCACUGAGAUCAUGUACUUCACAGCAGUGGUAGACUACUCCAUACCAAGUUUAGCCCUUUUUAGUUAUCUGCAUGUCUUUAAUGCACUGUAAUGUUUAUCCUAAGGCUCUGCUUUUAUUUCAUUUUACAAAGACCUUUUUUAUAAGAAGAUUUGUUAAUAUCCCUAACUUCUUUUUUCGGAUCGUCCGACGGCGGCUCUGUGCUCCCAUUGGUCCGAGGUACUAAUACAAGAUGAGAAUGAUCUGUAUCCAAGCACGUUUAUCUGUCGACCUGCUGUAUCGUUUGCACUGCCGUGCCAGUUGUUUGUGCAAAAUUUUAGGGACAAUGUGUAAUUAUGACCUGAAUAAAUCUCAAAUGAAUAUUACUAAAAGCC